AUGGCAGAAGAUAAAUAUUUAGUUGAUCCGGAAACAGGAGAUCGUUUUCGUCUUGGAGGCUGCUUAAUCAGUGACAAACCAUCGAAUCUACCGAGAUUUGGAGGUGCCCGAUGCCUUUCAAAUUUGGAAUUACCUUCAUCAGUUGAUCUAAGACAGUUUAUGUCGCCCGUUGAGCAUCAAGACAAUCUCAAUUCAUGUGUUGGAAACGUACUAGCAGGCGCACAUGAAUUUUUAAUAAUGAAAAAUAGCAGAAAAAAGGUUAAUGUUAGUCGUUUAUUUAUAUACUACAACGCCCGUAUUAUAGAUAAGCUUCAAGAGAAUAAGAUGAUAGAUAAAGGUACUCAUAUUGCGAGUGCUGUUCAAGGAUUGAUAGAUUACGGCUGUUGCAAAGAAGAAAUGUACCCAUACAAUCCUGCAAACGUCAACCUAAAGCCACCACCGCAGUGUUAUUUAGAAGCUGAAAAGCAUCGUAUCAUGGAAGCCAUGACGGCACGUGUAGAAUUAAAUGAAAUGAGAGGAUGCCUGGCUGAGGCGUAUCCAUUUGCAUUUGGUCUUCGAUUAUUUCCAUCCUUUGCGCAAGCUGGAAGUAAUGGAGGACGUGUACAAAUGCCAAACAUACAUUAUGAAUCACAAAGUGCUGAACAAGGUUGCCACGCGAUGUUGGCAGUGGGAUAUAGUGAUCUAUCAGGAUGUUUCAUUGUUAGAAAUUCAUGGGGUGAAAAGUGGGGUGAUAAGGGCUACUGUUACAUUCCUUAUCAAUAUAUGUGUAAUAUGCAACUUUGUUACAAUAUACAUAUCAUAAAAGUGGCCUGCGAUGACUCUUCUCUUCAGAGAGAUACAAGUAUUCUGAAUCCAUAUGAUUGGAAUGUUGAUAAAAAUAAGCGAUGUUAUAUUCCACAAAACUAUCCUUAUCAAAACUUCGAUUAUAAGUUUUUUUGGAAAUUAAAUGAUAGUUUUAACUAUUUUAUUAGCAUAUCACAAAAUGGACAAGUAGUUCCUUUCGUAUGGAAAACGAUAAAGACAGUAAAUAGUAAUGUUGAACAUCACACGGCAGUAUCACCGAAGAACGAAGUUCAAAUUUCGUUUAUUCUUUGGAUCGAUAAAAAAACCAGUGAAAACGGUCAUAUAGAGAAACGGUUGAAAAAUGACAAAAAUGUUAAAAUCGACUUCUGUGAAACAUUACCAAGAGCAGAAGCUCAUAUUUUGAAACACAAGGAUAAAAUCACAUUAUCAUCAACGUUUCAUAUAAUAUGUCGUGGUUAUUAUAAAGAUGAAGAUAAAAAUCCAUUGCAUUUAUUACGUUUCUUGAGUGAUAAUAGUUUAAGUCACGUUCCAGUUCUUGUCUUUACUCAUGAUAAAUCUGGUUUACUGACUCAUUUGCAAAGUGAGGCGCCAUCGAUGGCUAUAAAUGAUUGGAAACAACGCUUAUUUAUUACAGGCAACCAUGAAGAAUUAAUUAAAAAUAUUAAAGAGAAAAUAGCCAAUAAGCAGAGUAGCAAUAAGUAG